ACACACAGAAAGACACAAAACGCACACAAUUCGAAAACGAGAUCUCUAUCACUCUCGCUGGAUUCUCCGACGUCGAUAACGGGAGAUACUUUUUUUUGUUGACCGCCGGCGAAAGUACUUUCUGUUCCUACUUUCCCGGCAAAGGUUCGAUUGGUGGUCGAAUUUUGCUAAAAAAGGAAAAGAAAUGAGUACCGGAGAGCUUCUCAGCGUCGAUCCUCAGGAGCUUCAGUUUCCUUUUGAAUUGAAGAAGCAGAUCUCUUGUUCCAUGCAAUUAACGAACAAGACGAAUAAUCAUGUUGCGUUCAAGGUUAAAACUACGAAUCCGAAGAAAUACUGUGUUCGGCCCAACACCGGGGUUGUGUUGCCUCACUCUACUUGCGAUGUCAUAGUUACAAUGCAAGCUCAAAAGGAGGCUCCUCCUGACAUGCAAUGCAAGGACAAGUUUUUGCUUCAGAGUGCAGUUGCAAGUCCUGGAGCUGUCCCUAAAGAUAUUACUCCAGAGUUGUUUAACAAGGAAUCCGGAAAUCAAGUGGAGGAAUGCAAAUUAAAAGUUAAUUAUGUUGCUCCCCCGCAACCACCAUCACCUGUAAGAGAAGGAUCAGAGGAGGGUUCCUCUCCAAGGGCUUCAAUAUCAGACAAUGGGACUAUAAACACAACUGACUCUACUGCUGUUCCAAGAGCGUAUGCUGAAUCUCAAGAGAAAUCAUCAGAGGCAAGGGCCCUUAUUUCUAAGCUGACAGAAGAGAAGAAUUCUGCCAUUCAACAAAGUAACAAGCUUCACCGAGAACUGGAAAUGUUAAGGCUUCAGGGCAACAAAAGCCACGGAGGUAUCCCGCUCAUAUACGUUAUUCUUAUCGGUUUGCUGGGAAUUCUAUUGGGAUAUUUGGUGAAGUAAAGGAAAAGAGUCUAUAAUAGUGUGUGAUUGGAGAAAUUAAGGCUUUGUUUAAACUGUGAUAUGAGAAGGAAGACAUGGUUCUUUUUUUUUUUGAUAUGUUGUGUAAUUUGCGUAAUCUAAGGUGGUGUCGGUCGGUCGGUCAGUCAGUCAGUCAGUCGGGUUUCGUAUAUUUGGUACAACGUUGAGUUGAUGAUGCAAAUUAGACUUGUUUUGGGGACCAUCUUGCUAAUUUUCUUGAUCUUUCU